AGGAGGAUACAAAGAGCUCUGUGCGUCGAGACAUCGCCGCUAAGGGAUGAUGUAGAUGGAGAUACUGAAGAGAGAGGAGAGGAGGGCGGGGUUUUCCCUCCAAGAUGAGGCAAACUAAAAAAGCAAACUGGCUUCUCUGAGCCGGCGCAUGUACUGUAGAGUCACUAGACAAACACACAGAGCCGUACAGAGAGGGAGGGAGCAGAGAAGAGGAUGGUGAUGUGGUGUGAGGAGCGUCUCUUCAUCUUAUCUCACCUCCCACUGUGAAGCUGCGGACCGUUACAUCCUGUUUCUUUAAGCCGCGGCUGCUGUUCGUGUGUUUGUUUUUCCACAUUAUUUUUUUUUUUUUAUCCCCCAACUGAGCAUCCAUCAUCUCCAUCUGUAGCCAUGUCGGACUCUGAGGAUAUGACGGAGUUCAACAGCAUCGUGGAGCGGAUCGAGCGGGGCGAGGUCCCGAUCAAGAACAUCGAGAGGGAGCUGAUCUGCCCGAUCUGUAAGGAGCUCUUCACCCACCCGCUGAUCCUGCCCUGCCAGCACAGUGUCUGCCACAAGUGUGUCAGGGAGCUGCUCAUGCUGAACCAUGAGGACUCUUUCGAUGCCGGCUCAGAGUGCUCCCUACCCGGCAGCCCCAGGUCCCGGGUGCCCUCUCCCUCCAUGGAGAGGUUAGACAGGCUCGUGAGAUCAGGCUCCAUUUCGUCCCCGGGGUGGCGCAGAGGCUCUGUGACUCCCCGGAUCACCGCCAUUCCAUGCCCGGGCUGUCAGCACGACAUCGACCUCGGCGAGCGCGGCAUCAGCAUGCUGUUUCGUAACUUCACCCUGGAGAGCAUCGUCGAGCGCUACCGCCAGGCGGCCCGAGCAGCCGUCGCAAUCAUGUGUAACAUCUGUAAGCCUCCGCAGCAGCAGGAGGCCACAAAGAGCUGCAUGGACUGUAAGGCCAGCUACUGUAACGAGUGCUUCAAACUGCACCACCCAUGGGGAACACCAAAAGCUCAGCAUGAGUAUGUUGGUCCCACCACCAAUUUUAGGCCCAAGGUGCUCAUGUGCCCGGAGCACGAGAUGGAGAAGGUGAACAUGUACUGUGAGGUCUGCAAACGACCAGUGUGUCACUUGUGCAAGCUGGGAGGAUCCCACGCCAACCACAAAGUCACAUCCAUGAGCAGUGCCUACAAGAUCCUGAAGGAGAAGCUGGCCAAGAGUAUCCAUUACCUUAUCAGCAAAGAGGACCAGGUCAGGACUCAGAUUACUGAGCUUGAUCUGCUCAUCAAUCAGACCGAGGAAAAUGGCCAGCUAGCAGAGCGACAAGCCAAUGAACACUUUGAGCGACUGUUUGAGACCCUGCAGGAGAGGAAAUCUGAGAUGUUGCGAUCCAUCGAACAAUCCCGAAACAGACGCCUUGAACAACUCAAGGGGCAGGUGGAGGAGUACCAGGGCAUGCUGGAGAACAGCGGUCUCGUGGGCUACGCUCAGGAGGUGCUGAAAGAGACGGAUCAGUCCUGUUUUGUACAGACCGCAAAGCAGCUACACACCAGGAUCCAGAGGGCCACAGAGUCUCUGAGGACUUUCCACCCUUCAGCUGAUCCCUGCUUUGAUGAGUUUGUGCUCGACACAUCCAGAGAGGAAAAUCUGAUCAAAGAGAUGUGCUUUGGUGGAGUUCCAGAUCCUCCUCUGAUUGACCUGUCCACUAGCAAAGUCUACAAUGAGGCCUCAAUCUGCUGGAGGCUGUCUGACGACCACAUCCCGACAGAUCACCAUAUGGUGGAGUACCGCAGACUCGGGGGUCCAAACCAGUCCCCGUCACAGGAGGAUGGCGAGGACAGCGGUGCCUGGAGGACCACAGACAAGGUGUAUGGAUCCAGCACCGUGGUGUGUGACCUGGAGCCUAACAGUCUGUACGCCUUCAGAGUACGAAGCUGCAGGAACUCCAUGUUCAGCCCCUACAGCCCUGAGGUCUCCUUCCACACUCCUCCUGCACCCGCUUUUGGCGUCCUGUUCAGCGACAAGUGUGGCUUCAGUACGGAGCGCCUCAUCCUGAACAAGAGCCGGGACACUGUAGAGAACGUGGCAGGCAUGGCCUUCCUCCUCGCUGCGGAUCGUGUGCAGACAGGCAGCUACAUCGGACUGGACUACAUAAUCGGGGACACGGGCAUCACUCAGGGAAGACACUACUGGGCCUUCAGGGUGGAGCCGUACUCCUACAUGGUGAAAGUCGGGGUGGCCUCUGAUUCAAAGCUGAUUGAAUGGUUUCACAACCCCAGAGAUACCAGCAGCCCAAGGUAUGACCAUGACAGCGGGCAUGACAGCGGCAGCGAGGACGCGUGUUACGAGCUCUCCCAGCCCUUCACCCUCCUCACCGUGGGCAUGGGCAAACUCUUCAUCCCAAAGGCGUCCUCGUCCUCCUCGGCAAGCGCGGCUUCCAGCGACCCUGGCAACCGUGUGCUCCCCAUGCCACAGCGCUUGGGCGUAUGCCUAGAUUACGACGCAUGCCGCGUGUAUUUUUACGACGCCGACACCAUGAGGUGCCUUUACGAGAGGCAGGUGGAGUGCUCGGGAACAAUGUAUCCAGCUUUCGCACUCAUGGGCAGCGGCAAGGUACAGCUGGAGGAGUUCAUCACGGCUAAGAGGCUGACCUUCUGAGGAGGGACGGAGUACAAAGACUUGCAUCGAUUUAAUCCGAGGCAUGUUCUCAGAAGAGCUGGUUUUAUUGACACGGUGAUGGAGUACAAUCCAAACUGUGUCUCUAAGGUCAGGUGAGGCAGGUGUGAUCAGGGUCUUUGGUCCUAAAUGUGAAAUGAGGGUCUAGAGUUGGCAUGUAUGAGGUACAAUCUGCACUCACAAGAGCAGGACACUGAAUAUAAGUGUCUAUAUACAAAGCAGAUGGUCUAUGGUAUGUGAAAAGUCUCCUCUGCCUACCAAAGUCUGUAGCUGUUUAAUUGUAUUGACCUACUUUUAAUUACCAGCUAUUAUCAGCUGUUUAUGUAGAGGAGUUAGCUGUGAAAUUAGCCUGCAGCUACUUUAAUUGUUUUAACAUUAAAACGCCUUGGAGCAUUCACUCACACUUCCUCCUACCAGGUUGUUUUUUUUUUUUUUUUUUUAGAUGAUUUGGUGUGUAAAUAACACGGUGAUCUUUCUGUUCCUUUGGCUCUCUUCUGUAUCUGUGGGUCUAGACGUAGCAGCAUAGCUUAACAUGUAAUCUUGGUGGACCUGAGAGCCUUGUAGCUACUUUGAAGCUAGCGCCUUUGUGCCUUUUUUUUUCUUUCUUUUUUUUAAGAAAAUGGCUCACUUAGUUUGCUCUGGUAGGCUGAUGUUGGUGUCAUUGCACAAGCAUAAUGGAAUUAAUUCUCAGCAUAAAUACUGUAUGUGAGUUUUACUGUAGUUAGAGUGUAAUCACAGACACUGGUGUCAAUCUUGCAACUGUUAGAAAUUCUUCAUUAUGACUUCUAUUUAAUCUUGACUUCAUCACAAAGAAGCACUAAUUUCACUCCUUCUCACAGUUUUUCGUUCUGCUGUUUUUUGCACAAUAUUAAGAAAGAAGCCUCGCACAUGAUACACUCACAGUCACAUUUCGAUCACUACACCGCUAGCUUCUUCACUUUAAAAAAAAAAAAUGAUGUUGUCAACAAAAUCAGCACAUUAACGUCUCACUUUCACAUCAUCAUGAACUUUGUUUUCCCAUUUUAUGAGGAGUUUCUAAAAGCCUCUCACUGUUUGCGCAGCACUGAAUGUGACUUUCAACAUCGUUCAGCCAGCCGGGUACCUCGACGCUGUACCUGCAGUGAACAUCGCUUUCACAGCUUCAGAGUCACUUACAGCCUAAGCGUGCUGGUUCUGGUGCUGACUUUAAGUGCAAAACACAUCUCUGUGGCCAAGCUGCCUGUAAACACAGUUUAAAAACAAACAACACAGUAAUUCAGGUUUCUUUCAAAAGUGCUAUCACUAAACACACACUGUUCAGUACCUUUUUUUUUUAUUUCUAACUGAACCACAGUUUACUUGCAGUACAGACACAUGAAGUGUAGCAUAUUAGCAUGUCACAGGUGAUCACAUUAUCAGACAGACUCCUCAGCGGUUGAUUGGUUAAAGCAGAUCUGAUAUUUAAGGCUGAGAGCACGUUAUUCAGACGGUUUGCUAUAGGCGACCACACAUUAUUAUUAUUAUUUUUGUUUAACAGACAUAUACUGUAAAUGUGCCUGCACAUGGGUUUGUUUGUACAUUCAUGUCUGGUUGGAUUUCUGUAGGAUCAGGGUAAAAGGUGGGUGUGUUUUCUCAGGUUUCUAGCCCUGUGAUUUGGGCCGAUGCUACCUACCUCUAUCAGUCAGGCCUGGAAAACCUUAACUACUGUACCUGUCCUCGCAGAAAUGACUUUUAUUUGAGUUGCAGUUUUGUCCAAAACAAAAUCGAGUUCAACAUAUCCGCCUUCUCUUUCAUGUACGAUAAUAAGCUGAUCUUUCCAAAUGUUUAAUUCAUGUGUACAUAAUAAUCCAGAUUCUAUUAUUUUCUGUGAAAUUAAGUACAUCUUUAAAUGUUUAUGUUAACAGUCGCUGUUUGCUCGUGGACUUUAAAGAUGUGUAUCACUAUCGAUGACUCUUCUGUAACCUUGUUCAGCUGCCUUCUAUCAAACGGUACUAACGACAUUCUCUCCCUCUCUUUGUGGUGGUGUUUUUUGCUAAUCACUUUCAAUGUUUUUGCUAAUGGAGUUUUUGUUAGGCUUUUAAAACAUUUUAUAAAUUCCUUGCUCUGAGGUUUAGAUUAACGAUAACGUCUUUAAAAACAAACUUUUGGAUUCUGUUUGCAUGUCUUUGUCUCACAUUGUUGGUCAAUUUCACUUCUAUCGUCAAAAGCUCACACAACUGUACUUUAAAUUGACUGUUUCUAUGUCUUGAAAAACACCUCUAUGCAUUUAUGGCAGGGUAAGUUCAGUUUGAAUUCCAUCACAGAAUGUAUUCCUGUUGUGUUUCUUAAACAAAACAAACAGCUGAAUGUUACUUUUCCAUGUGUUUUUAAGGUGGUUUUUGUUGGCUGUUUUUGUUCCACUUGGGAGUCACCGCACAGUUGUAUGUAGUUACAGAAAAUCUGAUAAAUGGCAUGUUAUCUCAACGUCACAUCUGAUCUUACAGAACAAUUCAUCGUAGCCUGCUCUUCAGCCAUGAAUUUAGAACCAAAUAUUUAGCAGGCUGGCUCGCUCAAUCGUAUUCCAAGCUAGCACUUUAAAAGUCUGUAGCAUGUCAGCAACUGUUUGGCUCUGCAGGUGUGUGUGUGUGUAUGUGUGUGUGUGUGUGUGUGUAAUAAACGUGUGAGUGCAAUAUUUUUGGACAGGCUGUAGUAUAGAGAUUUAGACGAGCCUGGUAAAACAACUUGCACUGCUGUUAGUUUUUACUUUUCUUUGUGGAUUUAAAUGGGCUUUCCAGUUGAAAUGGGAUACUGAGAGAAAUCUAAACACUACUUUAUUUGUAUCCCCCCCCCCCCCCCCCCCAGUAACACUCAUUGUUUCUGAACUCUUAAAUAUGUGGCAGUAAAUUUGUCCAUUUAUGUUUUUUCUCCAGAGGAUUUGGAUGUGGUGUGUAAGUGGUGGGUGUCUGUAUGUGUAGUAAAGAUGUGGAAAUAUUGUUCCUCGCUCAUAUUCCUGUUAAUGCUACAUUUUUCAAUUUGCUGUGUGGGAAUUCCAAUAAAUGAAACUAGUGUGUUUUUAAAUCUA